AUUCAACGGGUUGUUUGAAUGCAUAUAAAUACUCGAACUGAAUUUAUUAAGUCAGUAUCAAACGCAUCGUCAAACAGUCAGAUCAUCUAACUUAAAAAAAAUAAAUAAAUAAUUAAAAAUGGCAUUCAAGCUUAUCCCACUUUUUGCUUUGAUGGCAGUAGCUAAUGCUGGAUUUCUCAGUGGUUACCAUGGUGCCCAAGCAAUAACUUAUGGUGCACCAGCACUUGCCAAAGUUGCCACACCAAUAAUUACAAAAACUGUUGAUGCAGAAUACGAUCCACAUCCACAAUAUUCCUACAAUUACGAUGUAGCAGACUCAAUAACUGGUGAUUACAAAAGCCAACAAGAAACACGUGAUGGAGAUCUUGUUCAAGGAAGCUACUCUCUUCUUGAAAGUGAUGGAACAAAAAGAAUUGUUGACUACACCGCUGAUGCAGUUAAUGGUUUUAACGCAGUUGUACGUAAAGAACCAGCAACUGGUUUAGCAAUUAAAGCUGCCACACCUGUUUAUCAAGCUGCAGCACCAGCACCAAUUGCAUAUCAUGCAGCACCAGCACCAGCAGCAGUAGCUUAUCACGCAGCACCAGCUCAAGUAUAUGCUCCAGCUUAUGCUCCAGCUCAAGCUUAUGCACCAGCUCAAGCUUAUGCCCCAGCUCAAGCUUAUGCUCCAGCAGCUCAUUCAGUUGCAUACACUCCAGCAAUUGCAAAAUAUACCCCAGCACUUCAAUAUGGAGCACCAGCAAUUCAAAAAUUCGCAGCUUCAGCUUAUGCAGCUCCAGCCUACGUUGCACCAGCAGUACAUGCUGCACCAGCUGUAAAAUACCAACCACAUCCAUACCUUGCUCAUGUAGCAUACUCAUCCCCUUACUACUCAUACUCAAUCCAAACAGACAUCAUUCGAUUGAAUCCUCCGAUCAAGAGACUUACAAUGGCAUUCAAGCUCAUCACUUUAUUAGCUCUCGUAGCAGCAGCAAAAGCUGGUUUUCUUCCAGCAGCACCAUUGGCAUAUGCUGCUCAUCCAGCUCCAGUAGCUUAUCAAGCAGCACCAGUAGCUUAUCAAGCAGCUCCAGUUGCUUAUCAUCCAGCUCCACUUGCAUAUGCAGCAAAAGUUGCAACACCAGUAAUCACUAAAACUGUUGAUGCAGAAUACGACCCACAUCCACAAUACUCAUACAACUACGAUGUAGCUGAUUCACUCACUGGUGACUACAAAAGCCAACAAGAAACUCGUGAUGGUGACUUUGUUCAAGGAAGCUAUUCACUUCUUGAAAGUGAUGGAACAAAAAGAAUCGUAGACUAUACCGCUGAUGCAGUCAAUGGAUUCAACGCAGUUGUACGUAAAGAACCAGCAACAAUUGCAUUAAAAGCAGCAGCACCAGUUGUACAUGCUGCACCAGUUGUUCAUGCAGCACCAGUUUACCAAGCUGCAGCACCAGCUCCAAUUGCAUACAAAGCAGCACCAUAUUAUCAUGCUGCACCAGUUUACCAAGCUGCACCUGUAGCUGCUUAUGCUGCCUACCAUCACUAAGCCAUCAAUACAAUUACCAAUUUAUUUAUUACCAAUAAAAUAAUCAUUUGAUAAAAGCAA